AUGGAGUUCAUCACGAUGUGGCUUAUCAUCAUCAUCAUCACACUCUUCUUGUUCGUUUUCAUUUUGGUUCUUCUUUUGCAUGUUAUUUUCAAUCUCAUUUAUCUUCAUGUUUGUGCUCUUUCAACCAAAGUCAACUCGACUAACUCUAUGAGUAACUCCACCCACUCUCUCGAUGACACCAUUAGCACUGUUGGUGACUCCCUCACCACAUUAAUGUCACCACCAACGUAUCAGUCACGAAUGAAGGCAAUUGAAAAAAGGGUUUCGUUGUGGGAACAAGACUCAGAUAACCCUUAUGAAGACUUUCGACGAUCCAUCCAAGAGUUGAUUGAAGUUUACCCUGAGUUGGCAAAAUCUAACAACAUGAAUGAACUUUUUAGCCAAUAUCUUGAGUACAACUCACAGAACUUACACCCUUUUAUCGUCCAAGCUUUUAUUGAUUUUUCUGUUGAUCUCACUUUGAAGGGGAUUGUUUAA